AUGUCUGUAAGUAAAGCACCCUUCUCCCCUUAGCCUUUCCACUCUUCCGCACAACUCACCCCUCCCUCCUCUCGCACCAUAGCUCGUACAACCGGUGAACCCCAAGCCUUUCCUGUCCGAGCUGACCGGCAAGCCCGUCAUGGUCCGCCUCAAGUGGGGGAUGGAGUACAAGGGCUACCUCGUCUCGACGGAUGGCUACAUGAACUUGCAGGUCAGUGCACCUCAUGGCCUCCACGCCCCGUCCUCGUUUGGGGGAAGCGCACUGCCCACUGACGGUCUGCUUUCGACCGCGCACCAUUCUGGCCACCCCAGCUCGCAAAUACCGAAGAGUACCAGGAUGGCCUCAGUGUAGGAUCCUUGGGCGAGGUCUUCAUCCGGUACGUCCGCGAUACGCACGUAUGGCCGAGUCCCGCAGCGACUGACCCACCCCUCGCUGCCUGCGGCCUGAAAGGUGUAACAACGUGCUCCAGUCAGUCCCAUCCCCGCCGGUCUCCAUGA